AGAUGAUGAAGCUGGUAGUGUCGGGAUUUGCCGCCUUGUCCGGUUUUGCUAUUCUGGCAUUAACCAUAUUUGUGCCUCAAAUUUACUGGGAAAUGAGUGAUCUUCAAGAUCAAGUUGUCGGUGUUGUGGAGAGUUUUAAGGUAGAAACCGACUCGCUUUGGAUCGACCUAAUGGACGUCCAAAUCAGACAUACAGCUCCAUCCCGUCCUCUUGAAAAUCCUCUUUUGAGAAGGGACAAAAGGUUCACUAAGCUUCCGGAUUGGUGUCAAUGUGAUUCUGCUCCACAGUGUCCACCUGGACCACCAGGACCACAAGGAGCUCCAGGAGCACCAGGAACUCCUGGAGAAAAUGGACCACGUGGAAUGGAUAAUCCACACUCCCUCGGCAGUACAUCUUGUGAUCAACAAUCCAUUGGAUGUGUCCAAUGUCCACGUGGACCACCAGGACCACCAGGAGAUGUCGGAUCAGUUGGACAAAGAGGACCAGAUGGCGCAUCAGGUGCUCCUGGAGCAGCAUCUCAAAUUCACGGAAAACCGGGACUACCAGGACCACCAGGAGAUGCAGGAGCACCUGGAGCACCGGGACAAGACGGAGCGCCAGGACAUCCAGGAGCCGAUGGUCAACGUCAAAGAGGGCAGCCAGGGCCACCAGGACCACCAGGACGUCCAGGAAAAGUUGGAAUCAAUGGAGAGCCUGGACAAAAAGGAAUUGAUGGGGAAAAUGGAAGUGAAGGAAUUCCAGGUGUUCCAGGACCACGCGGAGCUCCCGGACAACCAGGAACAAUUGGAGUUCCAGGAGGCCCAGGAAUUCCAGGUCGUGACGGCCAAUACUGUCCAUGUCCACCACGUUCAUUCAUCUUGGCAGCCAACAGUCGUCGUCUCCGUUCAAAUGUAUAACUUGUUGAAGAGAAUUGUUUUCAGUUCCAAUAAACUUCCAAUAAGCAUUUU